CAUAACGAGAGGGAACCAUCUGUCAGUUGCAGAGAGAAAUUCGGUUAGUUUGUCAUAUUGUACAUUGGAUUUCGGAGACUUUACGGCAAUGAAGAGAGGAGCAUUGCUUACAAAGAGGAUUCUACAGUAUGCUGGGAGACAGCAGCACAAAUGUGGAUGCAGUGUCUCCACAAUGCCACCAUGUGACUUCAAGCCAGACCCAUAUACUGGAAUCUCAUUUGAAGAUGCAGUUAAAGUGAGGAAAAACAAUCUAUCGCCGGCGUUGUUCACAUACUACCGGUCUCCACUGAUGAUCCACCAGGGCUACAUGCAGUGGUUGUUCGAUCACACAGGGCGACGCUACCUUGACCUCUUCGGGGGCAUUGUCACUGUCAGCGUGGGUCACUGCCAUCCAAAAGUGAAUGCAGCUGCUGAGAGGCAAUUGAAGAAGCUAUGGCACACAACCAACAUCUACAUGCACCCAAAAAUUCAUGAGUAUGCGCAAAAACUGGCCUCCAAACUGCCAGAAAACCUUAAGGUUGUGUACUUUGUGAACAGUGGGUCCGAGGCAAACGACCUGGCCGUGCACAUGGCGCGAAUGCACACUGGAACGUAUGAAGUCGUCUCUCUCAGAAAUGCAUACCAUGGAGCUAGCCCACAUCUGAUGGGCCUGACGGCCAUCAGUACGUGGAGGUUCAAUGUCCCUUCAGGGUUUGGUAUACAUCAAACGAUGAAUGCUGACCCAUUCAGAGGGCCCUGGGGUGGCAAAAACUGUCGGGAUUCGCCAAGUCAGACAAUCCGGGACUGUGACUGUGCAGCGGGCGAGUGUAAGGCUGGGGACAUGUACUAUGAACAACUGGAAGACGUCCUCCGCUUCUCCAUGCCUAAGGGACGGUGCGGAGCAUUCUUUGCAGAAUCUAUACAGGGUGUUGGUGGAACUGUUCAGUACCCCAAGAACUUCCUGAAGAGAGCAUUUGCCAAGGUGCGGGAGUCCGGUGGGAUCUGCAUAUCGGAUGAGGUCCAGACGGGCUUCGGUAGAACUGGCACCCACUACUGGGGAUUUGAGGGUCACGACGUCAUCCCAGAUAUUGUUGUGAUGGCAAAAGGCAUGGGAAAUGGGUUCCCUCUUGGUGCCGUAGUAACCACGCCUGAGAUUGCAGCUGGAAUGGGCAAGGCUCUACACUUCAACACAUAUGGAGGCAAUCCCGUUGCCUCUGCUGUUGGAUCAGCUGUGAUAGAUGUGAUAGAGGAGGAAGGUAUGCAGCAGAACAGCCAUGAGGUUGGCACAUACAUGAUCCAGGAGUUUGAGAAACUGCGAGACCAGGUUGAAAUUGUUGGAGAUGUGAGGGGGAAGGGCCUCAUGAUCGGGGUUGAAAUGGUCACAGAUAAGGCGUCCCGUGCACCAUUGGGUGGGGACAAGAUGGGCGACAUCUGGGAACACACAAAGGACCUCGGAAUUCUUAUGGGCAAGGGUGGUUUCUUUGGAAACGUGUUCCGUAUAAAGCCCCCGAUGUGCAUCACGAAGGCGGAUGCCGACUUCACCAUUGCUGUGUUCAAAGAGGCUCUGGAGAAAUGUACCUGAACUGGAAUCUUUGAUUUUAUUGUGCCUUUAAAUAUCUAACACACAUAGGCUUAUUUUUUUCACUAUGCUUCAGAAAUAUUUUGCAAGAAUAUGAAAUUAUGAAAAUAAUAUCCAAAGUACAAAAUAUCCUAUAAGCCAACACAUUUUAUUUUUCUAAGUGAAAGGAUACUUAUUCAUUUAUAGUAAAUAAAAUUUCAAUAAGAAUAUUUUUGCUGCAUUAAAUUACUGGCAUGUACAGGUUAGAUAACAUUUUUUAAUAUAGUUCCACAUACCCGGUACAUAUACCAUUUUGCAGGUCAAGGUUUAAACUGACAUUAUCAUAGGCUUAGCAUCUUGUGGUUUUAAGACAUUAAAAUGAAACUUUGUUCAAAUGUUGCCACACAGAAUAGGCACAUGUAUAGCAAGGGUCUUAACUCUGGCUUAAAUAAUUUUUAAGUUGUUACCCUUUUUUCAUUUUAAACAACAGAUUAGUAUUUUCAUUCCUUUUGCUUUUUUACAUUUUUAUUAAUCUUUAUUAGGAGCAUUGAAAUGGUAUGAAAUUGAACUUUAUCAUACAUAGGGCAUUUACUAAUCUUGCUCAUGAAAUGUACAUUACUGAAGUCAGCACAAGUUUCAUUUUUAUUUUAUUUGACAAUCGUCAAAGUUUACUGUAUGUUAUCAGUGAAAUUUAAUUGCUAAGUACCAAAUCACAUUAAAAUCAGAUCUCCUAUACACGCUUCAUGACGUGAAGAAAUGAAGUGAACAUCAUGAUAUGAUUUUAAUGAGAUUGCGAGGUACCAUGCCUAAUUAUUUUUCAUGUAUGUUUUUGUUGCUACAUAUAUGCAGAAGGAAAGCAAAUAGACUUGUUAUGUACCUAUCUAUACAUAUAACUGCUUGUUAGCCUUGAUUAUAUAGACUAGUCAGAUGCAUGUGAUACUAUGCAGAUUGAUUGAUUGAUCAUUGAUUUGAAAGUGGUUUUUCGAGUUAUAACUGUUAUUAAGGUGAAACAAAUCAUGGGAAGCCCCAAUACUUUAUUCUAUUCACACCACAUACAUGUAUGUAGAGUGUUAUAGUGCGUCUGACGAUGGGUUAAACUAGGAGUAGAUGCUUAUACAUACUUUUAGAAUACUUGUAUAAUGAUAUUACAUUUAUAUGGUAUUAUAAUACUUGUAUUGUAGGAAGCUUUUAGGCAUUAAAUCUUAUUGGCAUUUUUUGGCAUUUUAUUCUAGAUUUCCGUAGAUAGAAAUCCCAUAAUCUGCAUUUAUUUAGCACUUCAAAAUUGUCUUUUUUUACAAUAUUUAGUAUUAAUUGCAUCCAAGGCAUACACAUUUAACAAAUCUUAUGAUUGUUUAUACCAAAAGUAUUUAUUUUUUCCACAUUUGAAAUAAUAAUUAAAAGCACAAUUGAAUUGUUUUCCCUUACAGCCAAUUUUGAUUGAUCACAAGUUAACGAAACCAAUUAAACGUUCAGAUUUAGUGUUCACUUCAUGUUUUCUCUUAUGCUGUUUGUGACUGUGUCAUAAGUGUUGCCAUGGAAACGUGUUCAUCAAAUAUUUGCCAUUAAGCUGUUACAAUUAAGCUGUUACAAUUUGCUUAACAAAUUAUUUGUUAUAAAUAAAUAUAACAUUUUGAACUCUCACCAAGGAAAAACUUUGACAAGCAUCUGAAGAACUUUAAAAACAUGCAUAAUGGGUGCUUGUAUGUGCAGUUGAGCUUGGAACCUACAGAUAUCAUAUAUACAAUGAGGUUCUGUUGGAGCCGUUGAGUUUUAACCAUGAACUUGUAGAGGUUUAUUUUUUAUUACUUAAAACUUUUUUCCGAUUAAGAAAACAAAAUAUUAUGUUAAUUCACAAUAAUCCAAAAACACUUUCAAAUAAAUUAUUUCAUACAUGUACUCUGUGUAAAGAUUAUGUUGAUAAAUCAAAAUAAGUGGUUACUGACCACACCUGUCAGGUUUACAUAUCAGUUUAUGAACAAGUGGAAUAUAUAAAAACACUAAUAACCUCUCAUUGAUGUUUUGAAACACCACAUGAGACCAAUGUACUGGUGAGCAGAAAUGGAGAUGUUGAAGGGACUCCGUUGUUUAUUUUACUAUAUUUAUAACAACCAAGCGAUGCCUUUUCAUAAAUAUCCUCCUUCAUAUAAGAUCCUCUCAGCAAUGCUCUUUACCGUUUAAGGAAAGUAACCAAAGGGUGCCGCUAUAUAGAUAUGUACUUUUUUGGUUCCACUGCAUUUUUUUAAGCUGUUUAUUUCAAGUAUUCUCAAAUGCCUAUAGAAAUGUUUUCCCACAAAACUAGAGUUGAAAAUACAUGCAUUGUAUAACAUGUUACCAUUUAUUGUAUAUUGAUGUAUUUUUACCAUUUAUUGUAUAUUGAUGUAUUUUUACCAACUGAAUGGUCUUCUACAAUGUGGAUGGUUAUGUUUUCAUGAAUUUCACAGUCAAUUGCUUAUUUUUGCCAUAAUUGAUACUUGUUGAUUGCUAAUACUUGCUCAACUGAGACUGACCCAUUCAUAUAAUUAUACACAGAUUUUUUUUAAACUAAAUUGAUUUUAAUAUUAUAUUGUGUGUGUGUUAUUGUCAUUAGCAAUAUGCUCAACUUAUAUGAUAUAAAAAUGGAGAUUUACAUUCCUUGCAUACAUUUGAAUUAAAAAAAAUCUGCCUGUUUUAUGUAGCAAAUUUUUGUCUGUUUUUAAAUACUUUCAGAGUAAAACAUAUUUCUGAAGAAUAAUUUCUUAACAUUUCACUACAACAGGUCUGAGCGGAGUUGAACAAUUAUAAUAAUACAUAUUCGACCAACCAUCAUGAAUCAAUAAUGUAUACAUGUUCUUUUCUACACAUCUAUAGCAUACAUGAUCUAACAAGCACUUGCUUUGCUUUUAAGUAUUAUUAUUCACAAUAUAACUGUUUCUUUUAUGAUUUACUUUCUUAAAAUCUUUCAUAUCAUUCAUAUUGAAUGGUUUGUCAUGAUAAUCUAUAUAUAUAUAUAUAUACCCGGUAAUUAUUUAAUCAUUGUAUUUUUCUAUAAUUGCUUAUUCAGUAUAUACCUUGUUAUAUUUGCACAGAUUUGAUACUGUACUUUUUACAGAAUCUAAGGUUUGUUAAUCGAACGUGUAUUAUAAAUACACCUAUUUGUUUAACUGGCGUAAGAAAUACACUUGUCAUUGCUAGCAGAUGUAUUGGUGCUAGAUAUGUAUAGAAAUUUUAAGACUAGUCUUGAAUAUGGGAGUUAAAUUAUACCCCAAAGUUUACGAUUUUUCUUUUGUAGACUGCGACUCUCCGUGCACCCACACCAUAUUCAGACUGGUAGAUACGCUAGAAAUCAUGUUGUUCGAAACCAAAGAUAUUGUCUUUGUUGUAAUUCGAAUGAUAUUGAAGAUGAAUUUCACUUUAUCUGUGUGUGUCAAGCUUUUAAUGAUUAUAGAAAAAAAUAUAUUAAGAAAUGCUAUUAUACAAGACCGUCUGUUUUUAAAUAUUUACAACUGUUGCAAUCAAAUGAUAAAAUAGAGCUUAUUAAACUAUGUCUGUUUGUUAAAGAUUCGCUUAAAGUAAGAUCCACGAUAAUUAAUGUUAGAACUUAAUAUUGUAACAUUUGUUCAUCCUCUGAUUUAGAUAGAUGAUUUAUUUAUUUUUGUAUUUAUAUAUACUUAUUAGUAUAACAUUGUUUGUUAUUAUGCAUACACGUUGACAUUGUACAAAUCGAAAUCAACUGUCUGUCUGUCUGUCUGUCUGUCUGUCUGUCUGUCUGUCUGUCUGUCUGUCUGUCUGUCUGUCUGUCUGUCUGUCUGUCUGUCUGUCUGUCUGUUGUUCAAUGUGUAUCCUGACCCACACCCCUCCAGACCAUAUAUUGUCAAGGCGCGUACAUAGGCCCGUAUGGGGAAUUCCAUUCAAAUAUCUUAGUCAUAUAUUCAAUUUUCCUAAAUCUGUAUGAAUGUCACAUUUACUUCUUUUGCCUCAACUCCGUCUUCAUUUUUAAUUGCCUAAUUUCGAUUCACUCAAAUAUGUAGCAAAAUUAUAAAACUAGGACGCUAAGAUAAUUUUAGUUUAUAACUAAAAUCUACUAAGAUCUUCAGCGCAUCUUUUGAUGGCUCGCAUCAAUACCGUUAACCGAUUAAACUGAUUAAAACCGA